GAAGUUUGAGGUAUGAGGGUGGGUAGGCGGCCACACUUAAGUGUGCGGCCUGGCUGGCAGUGCCAGUUGUAGAUCAGCCUUGGCCGGCUGUUGGAAAUGCGGGAAUAUUAUUUACAUCCGGUAUUUGGAAAUCGUUCUGUUUGUUGUUAGUGUUGUUGCUGUUCGUGAUUUUUUUUCAUUUAGAUAUUUGUGUCGUGUCGAGUUACAAUUUUUCCUCCAAUAUGUCGUUCUCAUUCCGCUGCAGUGUGCAAGCAGCCUUUAGCCUACUGUAAUAAUUAACUCUUCUUGCUAUUUCCGUCUCAUACGUUGUUUUGUUUAUCAUUUUUUCUUCUUCAUACAUUGAGAAAUCUAUCACCACCUUGAAAAAAAAAGAAAGUAUUUUAUUCCGAGGCGGGGGAUAGAAAAACUUGAUAAAUGUCGAUGUGAUAAAAUAUCAUCAUGCUGAGAAACGUAAGUGCAUUGAUAAACUUGUCGAGCUUUGCUUGGAUUAUACGAAUAUGGUGUGAGAAUGAACGCGUAUCAAAAAACGGACGGAAGUAAAAGGAAAUAGAAAAAAUUACAGCAAGAAACGGUUGGAACAGCAACAGCUCAGGUUAAUGUAUACAUAUUGAACACGCGUGCAGUGCCACCCCGUCUGAACCACGACCCGCCACGGCGGCCCGAAGACCUUGGUGCCAAUAAUAAUAUUUCACUCGGCACCCUGUCGACGAGCCAAAUAACCCCACAUCGCCUGACCCCAGGAUUUGGUAGUAAAUUUCCAAAAAACAGCAAGACGUGAAAACAGUGAGACUGAAAAACGAUCAGGGAAUCUGAUGUGGAAGAGAUUGCGGAAACAAAAGUUUUGUGCCGUAGGCCUGCGGAUGACCUUUAUCUCUGUUACCCUGAAACGAGGCAUGACGAGAGCCUGAGACGUCAUCGUCAUGGCUAGCAGCACGGAGGAUUACGGCUCCGAGUUACAGGAACUGCAGUGGGGCGGAGGAAGCGGAUCCAACUUCCUGAGGAGUGGAUCCCACUUCCUAAGAACGGGAUGCUACGAGGCGGAGGACCUCGAAUCGACGAGGCAUCAGACCGGCCAAAACAGGGGCUACUACAGCCCACCGGGUACCAGUUACACAAUAGUCGAAAGGCCCCCGAGCGCCCCGCACCAUCAUUCGACCCACACGACACCUUACCGGAAACGGGGACAUGGGGGAGGCGGAAGCGGAGCGAUCUCGCCGGAGCAAGUGCUCAGGCUCUUCGGCAACGGUGUCAACGAGAAACGGCAGACGGACAGACGGACGCCGGCUUCGAGUCCCGCCAGCGUCGCGGCGCUUCGGAAUUCCGCAAGCCAGUCUGGACAGCAAAAUCUUCAAACCUCCCCACCGCCGCAGCCCCCAAGCCUCCAGGAACUCACCGUGAGGACCAUCACCAUGGCCAGAGAUCCUCCUGACUCGCAUCACGGCUUUGGGAUCUGCGUGAAGGGAGGUAAAGACGCUGAAGUGCAGUCAGGUGUCGGUGUAUAUAUUUCACGUGUCGAGGAGGGUUCAGUUGCCGAACGAGCUGGACUCCGUCCCGGUGAUACGAUUCUUGAAGUGAACGGUAUCCCGUUCCGUGCAGUGACCCACGAAGAGGCUCUCAAGAUGCUUAAAUCCUGCCGGACGCUUAGCAUGACGGUUCGCGGGCCCGCAUUGGACCCUCGAUGUCGAGGGAGUCAUCCCGGGUGGACGGCUUCCGGUCGGCAGCAAUCCUGCAGCUGGAUGGACCGCCAGGGUCGCCCUGCUUCCCCACCUCCGUUGCACGGCCGAGACGGCCGCUACGCGGCCCAUAGAACGCGGAAAGUCGAGCUCUGCAUCGAACCUGGACAAUCCUUGGGACUCAUGAUUAGAGGGGGUCUAGAGUAUGGUCUGGGAAUCUACGUUACCGGCGUGGACAAGGACAGCGUCGCGGACCGAGCCGGACUUUUGAUUGGGGACCAAAUCAUCGAAGUCAACGGACAGAGCUUCGAGGAGGCGACCCACGACGAGGCGGUCCAGAUACUGAAGACGAACAAGCGCAUGAGUCUGGUCAUCAGGGACGUCGGAAAGGUUCCUCACUCCUGCACAACCAGUCAACCCGUCGUCGUUCCUCCGUCUCGGUACCAGGAGCACGAUCCUCUUCUUCUGGACAGUCCGGCCAGCCAUGGAAAUCAUCGGCCGCCCAGUCCGGGAACCGGCAGUACCGAGUGGAGGAAUCGCGCUCUUCAUUCAGCAACUGCCGCCAUGGUGGAAGAGAAGGCCAGGGUAGUCCUCGCCAGGAGUGAAAGAGCUGCACUGUCACAGCUCCUUGGCGACUACAGGAGUCGUCGGCUGACCAUCGAGGACCUCGUUGCCAGUUUGGGCGAUCUUUUGAACACUCAUGAAAAGCUCACGCUUCUCACCGAGCUCAGGGAACUCGUUGACGGAAAGGAUCGUGCUGCCUUUGAUGACCUCGUUUACAGACCAAGGACCAACGUUACUCUUGCCAGGAGGAAAGGUGAUAGGACGCAUUCUGAUCUCGUUGUGACGCCGUCGAUUCACGAUCUUCCGAGAGGGGGCGUUGGUGGCGUUGGCGGUAACGCCACCGGAAGUUGUUGCCGACCUGCGAGGCUCGUGGACGUCGAAGGAGAUCCCCUAGGAGUAACGGGACCUCUUAUACCAAGGGAAGGCCAGGGGGAGUAUAGGUCGCCGAGUGAGGACAGCGGUCUCGGAGCAGACAUGCCCAGGAGCAGAGCUGGCUGCAGACGAAGCCAACAGCACCAAGUCGCAACUUCAGACCUCGCCCUCUCCAACGAUGACGAGUGCGAUAAUCAGGACUACGAGGACGAGGCUGAAAAUGACAGAGGACGAAGACACAGCUCACCUGGAGGUUCCCGAGGGAAUACCAGAGAUUUUGGACACCAUCAUUUGCACGCUGACAAUUUGGAGAGCGAUGGCGGUUGCGAGGGUAGCGACUCCGAGAUGAUGGGAAAUGGGAGACGCGGCGAGAGGGAUCGCGAAGAGGAUGAUGAGGACGAGGAGGGCAGGGAGGAGAGGAACUCGGAGAGUGGCGGUGGGGGUUUCGGUGGGUGGAGAAACCACCUUCUCGGUGGCCUUACGCAGCGCGUCAAGUCCUGGUACUGGGGCGCCAGGCCCCUAUUAACACCUUUACAGGAACUCGCGCACAAACUAUCUCGCAGCUUCGAUAUGCAGGAGGCACAGUUGCUGGAGGAAGUCGGCUCCGGAAGUGGGACAAACGGCAGCGGAGGAUCCGGCCGUCCUCCGAGACGUCAUCACAGCGCCCAGCGGCUUGCCCGAGGUGACAUGGCAACCGGAAGAGAGGACGAUGGCGCCCUCGUCGUGCCGGACCACCAGGGGAACCUUCGCAUCACCGUCAGGAAGACAAAAUCGAUCCUCGGAAUCGCUAUCGAGGGUGGCGCCAACACGAAACAUCCCUUACCCCGGAUCAUCAACAUUCAUGAUAACGGGGCGGCUUUUGAAGCUGGAGGACUUGAAGUUGGCCAAUUGAUCCUUGAAGUGGACGGACACAAAGUACAAGGGCUUCAUCAUCAAGAAGUGGCACGACUGAUAGCAGAUUCGUUUGCACGGAGAGACCGCAACGAGAUCGAGUUCCUAGUCGUCGAGGCGAAGAAGAGCAAUCUCGAGCCAAAACCAACAGCGUUGAUAUUCCUGGAAGCGUAGCAAGAGUCCCCCACCUCUGAGCCAGAACCUCCCUAGCUCUAAAUAUCGAACGACGAGUGCUAUAACGCGUACGAAAAUCUCCUGGGUGAUGAAAUUUCGAAAGAAGAAAGAGGAGUUAAAGAAACAAUAUAAAAAAAAAAAAAUUAAUCGAAAAUGGAAUCACACCGGGGAGAAAUUCAGAAUAAAAUUCGUUGAAAACGUUCACUCGUUCAGAGAAUAACAUCAUCAGAGCUGGCCCAGGUGGUGGGACUGCAUGAAUAAUAAUGGUGUAACUAUGUAAUCAUUAGGUGAAUUUAAUAUUACACGGAAAUUAAUAUAUGCAUUAUUAAUAUAUUCUAAAAUCUGCACUGAAUAUGUUAUCUGUUAUGUUUAUGUGAUUACGAAGAGGUCAAAGGAAACCUGAAAGAACAUGUUCGAAGUAGUGCACUGUGAGGUUAGAAUCGAACUACGGAAAAUCAAGAAUCUUAUUUACGGACGAUUUUGAAAUUCCACCCUGGGUCUAUGGACUGGAAAAAUAAACGGAAACGUGAAUCUUCAUAGUGUGGCAGCCUAGAAAAAAGAAAAGAAAAAUGGCAGAGAAGAAAUUAGCAAUAGCGUCGCAACAGAACAGCCACGUUCUCCGCCUUGCGAUUUUACCUCACGCGUUUUUUCAAUUACACCAAUAAUUUGUAGCGAUCUUAGUUCCAGUAGCUUCUCUGUUUCUGAAAUUAUUGAAAAAAAAGUUUGUCUUUCGGAUUUCGGAGCAUCGAUUUCUCAAUCUUGGAUUAAAACAUAACGCUUCUCGCUUAGGUUCGUAAUCCGAAAUACCAAUUUCCCGACAUGCUACCAAAAAUAUAACCGUUUAUCGAUCGAACCAAAUUAUCGCAAACACCGUUGAAUGUGCAAAAAACAAGGUAGCGAAAAAACUGAGAAAACAUCCAACAUAUUAUAGUUGAUCGCCCCGGAUUAUUAUCAGUAUUAACAAAGGUUUAAUAUAAUAUACCUAUGUAUAGUAUAAGAGAUAAAAUUUAAGCGAGGUACAAUUGUUGUUGCAUGAUAAAUAUAUAUGAUACGUUUUACCAAUUAUCAACGCAACUUCUGAAUAUCAAAAAAUUAACUUCAACAGUCUGCAAAUUUCAAAUGAUAGUGAAGCUCAUUUCCUGUCAUCCAGAAGUUGCGCUGAGAAUAGGUCUAGUUAUUCAUAUUUAUUCAGAUAGUGUGCCAAACAAUCGCGAUGUUUUCUGUAAACGUGGGAUAAACCUGUUUAUUAUUAAUACUAUUAUUACACAAUUGAUAUAAAAUGAUGAAUAAUAUUAUACUUGUACGAAUAAGAAUAAUAUAAAUAAUAACGAUAACAUACAACGUAAUACGUAAACUGUGAAAUAUAUACAUAUAGAUUUAUAAUAUAAUAUUAUAUAUUUGGACACAAACAAAUUAUACAUCGUAUGUACCUAUCAGGCGUUCAAUUAGCCAUAGAGUCACCGGAAAAAUACAAGUGUACGAUGAAGUAAUCAUGCAGCAGAGAAAACCAACCGUGAUUUAAUAUUAAUAAAAGUAAAUAUAUAGUUAAAUUAAUAAAAUAUUUAAUAAUUACAUACCGAGUGAAACAGUAUAUUAUAACUGUACACACAUACCUAAAACUGAUAUAAACAAUAUAAUAGGUAAUAUUAUUACUGUUGACAAACGUGUUACAGAAAAUGUUGAGAAAAAAAAGUUGAAAAAAUGUAUUGAUAAUAAUAAUGACAUACAAUAUGGUUGAACUGAAAAGAAAAAAGCUAGUGGAAGUUGACUUGAAAAGCGCGUUGUUAAACUGAUAUUACUCAUAAUAAUACACUUCAAAUAUUUGAACAAUCAAUUAUAUUUAUAAUAUAAUCGAUGCGAUGAAUUUAACUGUCUUACAUGCUUUACCAAAUAGAUGUGUACGCGUAUAACCGUAAGUAAACUUUAGGCUACAUAAGGAUUACGAUACUAUAUACUGUUAUAAUAUGUAAAUUCAUAUAGACGCUCGCAAACUGUAUAAUAUAUUAUAUUUAUAAUAACGAUGAUAAUAUAACGAUAGAGACUUUAACGGGAAUUGUUAAUGCUUAAAGGUAUAAAUAUAGUAUUGAAUAUAUAUAUAAAAAUCAGUGACACAUUAUAUAUUAUUAUAAUGAACAUCCUCUGUAUUGUUGCUGUCGCAAGCAAUAAAUGAUAAUAAUGACAUUAACAAUAAGAAUAAUAAUAACAUUAAAAACAAAUAUUAUAAAAUUAAUGAGAAGAUGAUAGCCGGCAGCCGAGCCUCCAGCUGGCUUAUAUUUUGCGCCAUUGACUAAACAGCGUAAUUUCCAUAGACACGUGUCUAUAUUGUAUAUAACUAUAUCGUUCAAUCAUUUCUUUGCCUGAUGAUAUUGAUGAAUAUGAGUCCGUUACCAUUAUUAAUAUUGUUGUUUGUGAUUAUUAUCAUUACAAUCGUAACGUCUGUAUCAAUCAGUGAUUGUUGCACUCGCAGAACUUGAGUACAUAGGUAGAUAGGCACAAAAUGCGUGUGUAUAAUAAUAAUAAUAAUAAUAAUAAUAAUAAUAAUAAUAAUAAUAAUUUGUAAUAAACCAAAGCUUAAAUAUUUCAUAUAUGAUACUAAUUUUUAUGCGCAUCGCUUGAUUAUUAUCUACUUCAUAUAUUAAUUGUACAUAAAAUAUUGUUGUACGUUUAUUCAUUUUAUUGUUUAUUUACUUAUUUAUUUAUCCGGUAAUAUCAAAUCUACGACAAGUAAUAGCGGUAGGUACGUGCCAAACGCGAGAAACAAUACCUCAUAAACACAUAGAAACAAUUAGCAAUAAAUUGAAAUAUACUUUCAAUUAUCAUUUUUCAUGUUCUAUUAAUAGAGGUAAUUGUAAAAAGAGGAAAUCAGUUAUUCACAAAACACUUUACCAGCAUGAACUUCAUUGUAAUUCAAUUUUCGAAUCAAUGAUAUUUAUUAUUAUUUUCACUAAUGGUUAUAACAACAAUUACAACAACAUACAUCGAUGAUAAUAUGAUAAAUGAUAGUAUAUUGGAGUUCCGGAUUGUCAAGAAAUGAGUGAAUAAAUAUAAAAACAAAAAUGUGUAAAAUGAUACACUCUAUAAUAGAUAUGAAAUUAAUAUAAAAUUGUUAUUAUCAUUAUUAGGCUGAUCUUCGAUUAUCACUAUUUUACGUAUGACUUGUUUAAUAAUAACAAUGACAGGUAUAACAAUAUGAUGAUAACAAUAAUAAUAGCAAUAAUAAUGAUGUAUGAUACAUUAAAAGUGUUCAUCAUAAAUUUCAUGAUAACUCGCGUCCAUUCUGUGAUUUGAAUUUAUCUUAAAGAUUUAAAUUGGUAUCAUCAUUAAUUGGUAAAACAGAAAUAUUAUACCCCCAUGAUUAUACCGCACGCUCUCAUGAUAACUUGACUAUGAAUUGUGUGAAAAUUCGCAUGCCCACUAUGCCGAUCACCGAUAUUAUCGGUAACGAUCGACCAGGAAUUACGAUCAACGUAACUUUUGACCUAUGUGAAGAUCGCAUGCGGACUUCAAAUGUCUUGAAAAUUUUGACGCCAAAAAAUUGCUCCCUAAUUCCUUUUAUUUACUCCCACAUGGUUUUCGAGAACUUGAAAAAAAAUGCAUUUCCUACAGCCGCUGGGUGUUUCGUAGAUUUUGCAAAGUUUUGCAGUGCAAGAGAUUAAUGAAUGACAAUUGCAAAGAAACUAGAAGCGAUCGAAGAGGAAGUGGUAGCAUUUAUUCUUCCGUUCGACCUCUCAUUCUUUCGAUCGGGACGCGAGUUCAAAUCUGGCGCCACUGGACCUAACCUCUCAAAUAACUUCCUUUCUGUUUUCGGAGAUUUUUCGAAUACUAUACUGGAGUAAACGAAAAAAUUGGUAUUGGUAAAUAAGUAAAGAACAAUUGAGUAGCAACUGAAAAAAAUUUUCAUUUGGUCCGUAUCAACAUACUUUUUAUUGGAGAUUUCGGUUUAAAUCUACCGCUCGUUGACGUAGUCUACAAAUAAGUUACUCUGGUUUAUCUUCAGAUAUCUUGAAAACUGUAAGAAACCAAAUCCCGAAAUCGGUAGAUACGUAAAGAGGAAUCGAGGAGAAAUAGAAGCAAUUAUCACUUGAUCCGAAUCGAUAUUUUUUCGUUACACCAGUUCGAAUCCAUUUCUCGUCGACAUAACCUGCAAACUAGUUAUUUUGGUUUGUCUCAGUUUUUGCAACAAGUGUGAGGGAAUAAAUGACAAGACUUGCAAAGCAAUUACCAACGGUCCAAGAGUAAUUAGAAGCAAUUAUCAGAUUUUACACAUCUCCAUACGUUCAAACGAAAUAUCAAAUAGAAUUUGACCACACUUCACCUAUCGAAAAACUCCUUAGCAGUUUUUCUUGACCUUGUCGAAAACCGUGCCGAAGCAAUUAUAAAAAACGAAAAAAUAAUAGAGAGCAAUUGUUUAAAUAUGGCGCCAUUUUAUUCGGGAUCAAGUGUCUGACACGUUUUUUUGGACUUUCUUGAAAACCGUGCGGUAGCCAUUAGCACAAGUUAUAGAGCAAUUGUUUGGUACACGAAUUUCUGCAAAAUUCAGCGAUUUUGCAAAAUCUAAGAAACACCCGGCGGCUCCAGGAGAUUCGUUUUUGUUUUGAUUUUUUUUUUUUUGGACGGAUUUUCUGGCAAAUAAAUGAAGUGAAGUAAAGUGGAUGCUCAAUACCAACUCACAUUGAUUACUACCUCGUUUUUUUCGUUGCGUACAACUAGCGCAUCGUAUCGUAUACCACGUAUUAGAAGCUGAACUUUAGACGCAUAUAACAUGUACGGAAGAAAAAUAUCGAAUGACGCAUUCUGCAGAGGUGCGUUCUGACACUAAAUGUACUUGUAAUUUAAAUUUACGCGUGAAAAUGAAAUUUAUUUAUUCGCAUCUGAUUUGAUUGUUUUUCCUUUUAGACAAACAGUAAAAGAAAAAUCAAGUUUUCGCACAACUUCUGGAGAACUUGAAACUGGCUUGAGAACGAAAUAAGUUGUGUAAAAUUCGAAGAAUCGGAAAACAGAACAUGCGAUAACAUUAACAACAUUUUAAACUCGGCGUUAUAUCUAUCUAAAUUAUGAAGUAAACACGUUUUUUGGUAAAGCACCAAAAUAUUGUAAACAAUAAGUCUUGAAAAUUAUAUUCAUAAGAACUCAAAGGGAAGGCUGAAAGAUAAUCUAUUUCGUUCUCACUCGUCAGCGCGAGAAAUUUUCUCCUGUUGAACUACGCCGAAGAACUCUGAGCUUAAGUAUAUAAUUAGUAUAUUGAUAGACGGAAGCCUAGAGUAAGAAUUACGCAAGCGUCGUCGUGACACUUAUAUUCCGUCAGUGAAAAAACCGUCGCUCAUUCCUGAGAUCAUUAAGAACCAGAAAAGUUAUCUGCGAUUUUUUCGAUUUUUGGUUGACUUGAAAAGAUUUCUUGCACAAAUAUUUGUUACAUUAUAUUCAAAUAAAUACCAAAUGCACUCAGGCUAUUAUAACAUUGA